AUGGUUUUUAACACUAAGCAAGGGAAGGAGAAGGCGCAAGAUGGAGAGGAUGCGGGAGGUAGUCACCACCACGGAGGCAGUAACAGUGAAUAUCAGAACGGUAUUAUGAACGAUCAGGAGUAUGAGAGCUUGUUUCCGUCGAAUGGGCCUUAUGGGGGGGGUUCUAAUUUCGGUCCCACAUGCGGACCAGAGUACACACACAGUUAUAGUUACAGCCAAAGCCACACACACAGUCACAGUCACGCAAAUAUUAUCGAGUCGAUGUGUUUUAACGAAAUUAAGAGCAUAGAGGAGGACGAGUUGUUUGACGACACGAAGAAUCCAGACAAGGAUGAACUGAUAACAAAGCUAAGGAGUAAGUUAGAAAUAAAAAUAAAGGAUUAUAACUUGGUAAUGGAUACUUUAAUAAGGACAAAGGAGGAGUGUGCACAGAGGAAUGAAGAGGUGAAGGAAUUACAAAAGAGGAAUACUCAAGUGGAAAAGGAGUGCACGAAUUUGAAAAAUGUUAUAGAAAGGAAAAAUCUAGAAAGUGAUAUUCACUACGGAGGGAAGGGAAUAAUUUUAGGCACCGCGGAGAGUGCAUCAGGAGGAGUAUCCACUUUUGCACGUUACAAAGGUGAAUAUGAGGAGGUAAAAAUUAAGCUAGCCAAAGUUGAAGAAAGGUACAAUGAAAUGAAUCGAAAAAAUGAAAAACUCAUUGAACAAUGUAACAAUAUUAUGAAGGAGAAACUUAAGAUGGAAGCGGAAAUUAAAAAAGAAGUUGAUAUGGUAAAAAGAGAAAAUAUCCAUUUGAAGGAAAAGAACGAACAGCUGAAGAUGGAGAGAGAACAACUAUUGAAGAAAUAUCUCCGAAGUGAAAAAAAUAAUUUUCAGGGGAUUAAGAAAAAUAAAGAAAAAGUAGAAUCCCUUACACAGUUAAUAAAUACAGAACAAGUGAUGAGGAGGAAUGCAGUGGAAAGUUUAAAUAAAGCAAAGGAUAUUUUGUGCAAAUCGCUAGCCACGUCGGAGGGUAGCAUUAAGAAGUUAUUGGAGGUGGAAAAGAACAGAGAUGAAUUGAAGGAGAAAAAUGAUCAGCUGAAAAAAAAAAUGCAACAGUAUAGAACUAAAGUGGACAAUCUGAAAGAUGCAUUGAUGCAGUUUGAACGUAUGUACAAAAAAAUUGUCGAGAAGAAUAAUAUUUUAUUUUCCUUUACUCAUGAAUUUUUAAAUACAAAAAAUUGCAGCAUCAUGAUACUUCGAUCCACUAACGAUAUUAAAAAUAUAUGUGAGAAGAAUAAAAUUGACAUUUCUCUGUUUGAAGAUAUCAAUUGUUUUUCUUCUCUGUACACCUAUGAAAUUAUUUUUAACACCCCUCUGCCUGACACGGACGACUCAGCAGAUGAUCAGGAUGGGAAAAAAUACGACCAUGAUAAGUAUAUAAAAAUUAAAAAAAAGAAAUUCAAAAGUUUGAAUUACCUACUUAACGAAGCACAGGUGAAGAUCAUUGCUCUUUCGAGAUCAAACGAGAAAAUGGAAAAAUCCCAUAUUAACGUAAGGAACAACAAAAUAAAGGAUGACAUGGGUAUCAGUCGGUUCGUAAGGAAAAACUAUCCCAUGGAUCCGCUUACACUGCAGGGUGAAAGAACCCACAUGGAAAAUCUCCUUCAUGAGAAAUUAGAAUACAUCAAAGAGGUAGAAAGUAAAGUCAAGGAAAAGGACAGCAUCGUGCAAAAGCUCAAAGAUGCAAAUUUUAAAAUAAAGUUGGAGAAAGAAACUUUGCUAAAGGUUAUAUCUUCCAUUUCCAACCUCUCUUCCUUUGUCCAUGCCGAUCAUAAUAAUAAGAACUGCUCUAUUGAGAAUCUUGUCGAGGCUUCUGUUAAGGAUUGUGUGGGUCGGCAUGUUAAAGGUGGGUGCCUCGUGGAUGAUCUAAAUGGGAAGACACCCUCCAAUGUGAGUAACAACUCCUUAGUGCAAGGUAGAGAGCCUACCUCCACGGUUAGCAAUGCUCUUACUGGCGCGCUCAAUCUGGUUGGCUUAUGCGCUGAUGAAGAUGCGUGCAAGGCCAGUCGUACGCGCGCCCUGGAGGAGAAGGAGGAUGCCUUCCGUCAAAUUUUGGAGAACCUUGAAAAAGCAAUUGUCGGCAUCGAGAACAAGCAAAUGAGUUACUUCCGACGAAGUGAUUUGCUCAGUUAUUUUGAUGAUUAUAUCAUCACAUUGGAGAUUUUUGGACGCAUAGCAGAGUACAAUCAGGAGUUCCGAGUGGAGCAUCUACUGGAAGAUUGCUCCAUUGAGAGGCCUCCCCAGGUUGGUCAUGCUGAUCCUGUCACUCUCUCUGCGGAGCUGUACAAAUGGAAGAAGAAGCAUACGGAAGAGGAACUUCUGCACCAUUUGGAAGAAGGAAAGGUGAUUCAGAAAUAUAGGCAGUUCUAUCACCACCACUUCAUUCACAUAAACACAAUUUUCAACACCAUCGUAAGUUACAACCUCUUUGAUAUGGAGGAAAAAUACAAAGUUGUGUAUGAGAGGUACUUUAACCUGUUCAAUCUAAAUUUCAGUAACGUAGAAAUAUCCUUCGACUUGCUAAUGAACCGGUUCGAAAGGAUAAUCCGCUUGGCCAAGAGAUACGAAGAGAAAGUUUUGGAGAGUGAUAAAAGGAUCACGGAGAUGAAUGUGAAUGAAGCCAACCUCUUCGAACGGGGAAAAAAGUUAGAACACGAUUUGGAGGUUCUUUCCAAAGAGAAAGAGAAGCUUCAAAAGAUGCUAAGUAUAAAUGAGGAGGAAAUAAAACAAAUGGUUAACAGUCAGGUUAUUUUGCAAAAUGAAUGCAAGGAACACAAGUGCAAGCACGACCUCCUGGUCGAUAAGUAUGAACAAAUGAAGAAGGAGAAGCUUCUGAUAGAGGAGGAACUGUCCACCAGGGAUAUUCGAAAUGUUAAAUUGACCGAACAGAACGAAGAAAUGAUUAAGCUGUAUGAGAAGGAGAAAGCAUAUCUCCACUCACUAAUACAGGAGGAAAAAGAGAACAAUCAAUUUCUCAGAGAAAAAAUAAACACCUUCUUCACCCUAAAUGAACAGAUAAAAUGUGAUUACGACAUUAGGUUAAGCAAUUUGAAUGGUCUCUGGGUGGAGGAGAAGGAACACAAUAAGAAGAACAUUUCCGAUAUUAGUAAUUUGAAAAUGGAAAAUAUGAAUUUACAUCAAAGGAUUAAGGAUCUCGAGAGUAAAGGCUCUUUGAUGAAGAAGGAGUUAAACGAGCGUGUGAAGCAAGUGAAUGUACUCCGGCACUGUAUGGCCUCAUCGGCAGAAACGGGGGGAAAAGAAGAGAACGAAAUGAGUGAAGAAAACCAAAUGGACGAAACAGGUGAAAUGGUUAAGGAAGGAGGAGGUGAAAAGGGUGGCACCUCGCCCUACGCAAUGAACGUAAGGGGAGAAUCAUCACAUCUACCUGUACACCAAUUCAUCAUCGACGAGAUAGAAUACAAAGCAGAGAAGGAGGUAAAAAUUAGAAAGUUACAAGAAGGUAAGGCUGAUCUGGAAAGAGAAAUUCUGCAACUGAAAGGGGAGAAGGAAAUCCUCAUGGGGGUGAUCGAAACAUGGAGGAAUUUCAGCUCGUGCAGUAAGGAAGAAAUUAGGAGAUUAAAAAAAAUUUGCAGUGAGCAGGUGGAAAAGCACAAAGAGUUCCUCCUCUUGAGCCAAUUGAAUGAAGAUAGAUUGAACAGAAUAACAGAUCUUCUAGGCGUAGAACAAUCCAAGCACGCCAAAGAGUUGGAUGAAGCCAAGGACAAGCUGAACGAUCAGAUCGAGAAAUUGAAAGGUGAAGUAGCAGACAAGGAACUGGAAGUGAAGAAACUCAAGUGGGAUAAUGAUCAGUUGGAAAUAAAAGUUGAAACUUUAGAGAAUGAGAAAAAGAAUCAUCUAGGUAUGAAACAGAAGGAGGAAGAAUAUAUAGCGCUACUAAAAAAUGAUAAGGAAAAUUUGCAGAAGGAGAUAAAUACACUUGUCCAGAAAUAUCACAUCCAAGUUGAAAAAAAUAAAAAGUUAAUUAACGAAAGAGAAAUUAUAAUGACUUCACAUAAGGAAGAAAUAAGUAAUUUGAAGGAACGUUUGGAAAAUUUAAAAAAAGACAACUCCCAUUUGAAUGAAAUGUUUAAAAAGAGAGCUAACCUAAACGACAACCAAAUUCUUAAAACCAGAUUAGAACAACUGAUGGACGUGAAUAAGGAUCUGCAGGAAGAACUGCAUGAAAAUUGCGCUCUACGGGAUAAAGUGAAUUUUGAAAACAAUGAACUGAAAGAAAAGUUGCAAGUCGAGAAAGGGAAAUUCAUCCAACAACAGAAGUACAUCUCGGAGUUGCAAACCAAUCUAACUGAUAAAAACACUCUAGGCAAUAUGAAUAAUGAAUUUGUUGUCAGUCUGAAAGCGAAUUUACAAAGAUCUAGGGUAGAAUUGCGUAACCUGGCCAAGGAGAUCGAGAAAGUACAUCUGAAUGAGGAGAAGUACAUGGUGAAGAUAAAAUUGUUGGAGAACCAACUAUCUAGGAGGGAAUGCGAAAGGAAAAAGAUGGAGGAGCAAUUGGACCAUCAGAAUAGUGAGCAUGCCAUCCAUUUUAACAAAAUGAGAACCGACUUGGACGUCGUGAAUGAGCAGAAUAGAGUUCUUCGACUAGCCAAGGAAGAACAUGAAAGGAAGAUUGAAGAGUUGAUGAAAGAAAAUGAAUUUUUCCACUCCACGAAGAAUAACGAUACGGUAAUUGUGGAGAAGGAGAAGUUGCAGAGCCAAGUGACAGAGCAUCUCGCAAUGAUUAACGCCAAGGAGAAACAGAUCAUUGGCCUGAACUUUCAGAUUAAGAAACUCACCAAUGAGAACGCCGAAAUGAAAGCGCGCGUGGCGAACGGGUCGUCCACCCUGGAAGAAGGCAAUACCUCGAACGUGUCGCUAGAAAUACACAAGUACAUUAGCGAGAACAUAGACCUCACGGCGGAGCUAGAAAACAGAAACGAAGUGAUUGAGCAGUGUAAGGAGGAGACCAGACAGAAAGACAAGGAAAUUAAAAAGCUUCACGACGACAUCGCCGCUCUGUCUUGCAGUAUAACCAAAUUGAAGGAAUCCCUCAUGCUUAUGGAGCAAUACAAGGAGAAAAUUAAUAAACACAUAAAGGAGAAGGACGAAAUUAUCGUUCAGUUAAAGAAAAAGUGUAACAAGAAAGUAGAUGAUGUACUCCAUGGGUACACCGGUAGUAGCGGAAGCAAUGAGGUCUCUGCUCUGGAAAAUGCUAUGAGUUCCUCAUCAUCGGAAAUUUUAAGCACGCUGAAAAAUUUAUCUGCAAAUGAAGCAGGAAUUUCUGGACUAUGCUCCAAUAAGGGAGACUCCCCCCUUAACGGAAGCGAACACAUAGUCAUUAUCAAGUGCAACAUAUUAAAACUAUUUAAACUGGGAUCGUGCUACCUGUACAUAAUUAAUCGCAAUUUGAAGGAAAUUCAAGUUCUGAAAAAUGAAGUGAGUUCGCUGAAGCAGAGCAUACAGACGCAGAAUGAAUUUAUUCAAAGCCUCAAGACAAAAAAUGAAAAGGAUCGAGUGAUUCAAGUAAGCAACAUGGAUGAAAUAGCACAACUAAAGGAUAAUCUACAAACGAAUGAAAGUUCCAUCCAAUGUUUGAGGACCAAUCUGAAAAACACAGAAGAGAUGAACAAACUGCAUGCACUCAAUCUUGGAAAGUACAAAAACUUCAUUGGCCACCUCAUCCAACAGAAUAUAGUUAUCUGUGAUAUUUUUAAAAUCGUCAAUUCGAGAAGGAGGGUGGAAGAUUCCAUACUGAAUCAGUUGAAGAGCUUGAAAAAGGCCUUCCAUAUGUUUAUGUAUGAUACAAUUAUGGACGACCUACAGGGGAAUGUAGGCUAUGAUGAUUCCACCAUUGUUAAACAGAAGGGGAAGUGGACAAACGUGAACUAUGAAAUCGUUGAGGAGGUCUUUCAGAAUGUCCAGAGAUUUGCAAACAAUUUUAAUUACAUGAUAGAGAAUGGAAAAAACGAUUUUUUCAAUUUCCACGGAGAGGGGGAUGAUGAUUGGGCUGGUGAUCUAGUUACUGGUACAUCCAAUGUUGAUGUCAGUGAAUCUUUGGAAGAAGGUAAACGAGGUGAAGAACAUCUGCUCCAUUCCACUAGUGAAGGAAUCGCAAUCAUUCAUUCGGGGCCGAAUGACAACCUUGUGGAGGAUCCAAAUGGGAAAAAGAGCCUUGACAGUGAAGCUCACCAAGGGGAGGAGGCCCCAAGUAUGGUAAACCAUGAUGCUAGGGGGGGUGAUGAAGACGAAGCGGAAGGAAACAUAGCUCCUUCGGAAUACUUAUCAAAGGAGGGAUCGCACGAAAAAGUGGAGCCUACCCAGGGGGAUGCAAUCAUCCCUUCAGAUGAACAGGAUGAAAGUCAAGCAACGAACAACGAAACGUUGGAGCGGUAUGAGGAGAACAUCUUGGAAGAGGAGAAGAAAUCAGAGAGACAGUUGUCUGGCGCACAGGAAAACGCUAGCGGAAACGUUACUGGUUUCAUCCGAGGCAUCUUCCGGGGUAUUAUUCGUGAAAAGGAGGAAGAAGAUAUGUCGUCGCAUGAAUCAAGUGAGGCCUCCAGUCAUCCAGAUGAAGACAAGGAUAGACCCGUCCACCAUGGGGAGAAUGAAUCAGUUGUAAGGAAUGAAGAAGACCUUGGUAUUGUUACCUCUGGUUUGGAAAACGGAGUGAACAAUUCAUCGUCGUGCAUGGAAGUGAAUAAUAAUGAGCAGGACGAUAUAGUUCAAUCUCGUGAAGGGAAUGAUCAAGAAGUGGAAGAUGGAGGGGAGACCCGCGCGGAUGUGUUCAUCGGCGUGGAAGGCGAGGAGGAUAAGUCGCAUCAUAACGCGGUGCAUGAGGAGGGGAAAGUCGAUGGUGAAGAGGCAGUUCCGGGAGGAUCGACUCCAGAGGGGGAGUUAUACAACAUGGGAGAAGUAAACUUUGGUGAGAGGGAGGAGCAGGAGCAACGGCCAAGUAACGAAUUGCGAGAUGAUGAAGUGGGUGGUAACGAAUUGCGUGGUAACGAAUUGCGUGGUAACGAAUUGCAAGAUGACGAAUUGCAAAAUGACGAAUUGCAAAAUGACGAAUUGCGAGAUGACGAAUUGCGAGAUGACGAAUUGCCUGAUGGGGAGGUGUAUUCUGAGGAGUUGCUCGACGAGGGAGGAGAGGCGCAGGCAUGGAGUCCUCCGACGAGGCAGGCGAUGAAGGAACUGGACCCACGGAGGGGUCGCGUGGUGAGUCCGUUUAGGUCUCAUGUGUCUGAAGAAAAUUACUCCACAGGGGAGGGAAAAGGAAUGAAAAAAAGAAAAUACAACUCCGACUCAGAAAUGGUGAAUACUAAUUGGCCUACAUUUACGAGGCAUUUGAAGAAGAUAAAAAAAGCGACGGAAGGUGUGCCCCCUGUGCAUAACCAGCCGAAUCAAUCGGAACAGUCGGAACAACCGGAACAAUCGGAUCAACCGGAACAAUCGGAUCAACUGGAACCAUCGGAACAAUCGGAACAACCCGCACAACAGUCGCAGCGAAGUGACGAGGAAGGAGGAGAAGAUGGACACAUGAGCCAUAGGACCGAGGAGUCCUUUCAACAGGAGGGAAGCUACAUGGGCGAUGGUGGCAGUUACCCCUACGAUGGUGAUGGAAGUAGAGAAGAUAACCUGAACGAUGAGUUGUACGCGGAUGAGAGGAAGGGAAAGACAUUUUUCCAGUCAGUCCAAGGGGAGCAUCACGCAGGGGAGGUACAGCAUUCUGGAAUCCCCCACCAUGAUAUUUACCCGAAUCUCCUGCAGAGCAAUGAGUAUGAUGAAGGAGAGAAUAACGAAAUGGAAAGCAACAGAAGUUGCUAUGUAAUAUCGUCAGACGAAGACUGUGAGAGGAAGGACGAUAACGGAGGAGAGAAGCUCUCGGGUUUACAAGGGCGGGUCGGGGAAGAGGAAGAAGAAAACGACGACAUGGAUAGUGAGGAAGACGAUAACGACAAUGACGAUUAUGAGGAGGAAGAUGAAGAUGAUGAUGGGGAUUAUGAUGAGGAGGAGGAUGGAAUGGGUGCAUACGCAAAUGAAGGAUACGAACAGGAUCAAGAGGAGGAGGAGGACGACGACGAUGAUGAAUCGGAUGGCGAGACGAACGAGGGCGAUGAUGAAUACACAAAUGAGCAGUUCGAGCAUUAUGAAGAGUACGACGCGGCGGCAGAGGAGGAAGACUAUGACCAAUACGAUGGGGAUAGCUCCAAGGAUGAAAUGGGUGAGGAGAACGAAGUGAGUGAAGAAAACCAAAUGGACGAAACAGGUGACAUAGGGGAGGAAGAAGAAUAUGUGCAGGACGAUGUAUACAAAACGAGGGAUCCGGAAGGGGACGAAGAGGAGGAAGAAGAUGACCAACAGGAUGGACAAAAUGCAGGAAGAGAGUUAUCAGAAAAUGAACCCCUGGAUAGCUUCAAUGAAAAUGGUGACAGUACAACGAAUUCCCCCUAUCAUCACCAUGGUGAAAGCUCCAAUGACGAGCGCCCAAACAAUGAUUUCUCCAGGUCUACACAUUCCGACGGAAGCAAUGAACCGGGGGAGGAACACCCCAUUAUGUUCAACCGAUCAAAUGUAAACCUGGCACAGAAUGAAGUGUCGUGUGAGGAUAAUGCGGAUGAAGGGGGGGCAAUUAGCAUACCAUCUUCGCAUGAAAACAAUGAAGAGGUGUAUGGCAACCAAGGUCCUGACAUAGAAGGGGGUGCGGAAGGAGACGCCGAGGAGGGCGAACCUGACGAGGAGGGUCAAGAGGAUGCUCAAGAGGACGAUCAAGAGGACGAUCAAGAGGACUAA